UAGAAACAACGUGCGGAAGGAAGCAGACAGCUGGUGGGGGUAGCUAGGUAGUGAACUGUGGGAGCGCCUCAAUUCAAUAAUCAAAUCAUACACAUUAAGCUACUUAGCUAUCUGUCUUAUUCAAGAGCUCACGUGGGUAGUGUUAUCAACAGCCCUUUGCGAACUCGCUUUUAUUCAAGAGGAGACGAGAGCUAGCUAGUUAACGUUACUGUAGCUAGCAAUUCAGCUAUCCUUUAACGUUACAGAUGCAGCCAUCAAACUACAGGUCGAAACUGAUAGUUAUCUAAAUUAUUCGUCUAUUUUGAAGCAAUACAAGAUUGUAGCUAGCUUUUUCACCAAGCCAGAACUUUGAAUUAGAUAGCCCCGUGUGCUACGGAGAAAUACAGCAUCAUUGAUAGCUAGCUUUUGACUAAUUCAAAGACUCCUUGAGGGAAUGGACUUUACAUUGGACUUUGCAGCAGGAUGCAUAGGAGGUGCUGCCGGUGUCUUGGUCGGGCAUCCUUUUGACACUGUAAAGGUACGACUCCAAGUUCAGAGUGUGGACAGACCUCUGUACCGCGGCACGUAUCACUGCUUCCAGUCUAUCGUACGGCAAGAGUCGAUGACGGGUCUGUACAAAGGCAUUGGCUCCCCCAUGAUGGGCCUGACCUUUAUCAAUGCCAUCGUGUUCGGUGUCCAGGGCAACGCCAUGCGCAGGCUGGGCCACGACACGCCGCUCAACCAGUUCCUGGCCGGGGCGUCGGCGGGCGCGUUGCAGAGCGUCAUUUGCUGCCCCAUGGAGCUGGCCAAGACGCGCAUGCAGCUGCAGGGGCUGGGCGAGAGGAAGUCCAAGCAGAAGCUGUACAAGAACUCUCUGGACUGCCUGGUGCGCAUCUACCGGAAGGAGGGCUUCCGCGGUAUCAACCGGGGUAUGGUGACCACGCUAGUCCGUGAGACACCGGGUUUCGGGAUCUACUUCCUGACCUACGACGUACUGACGCGCUCUCUGGGCUGCGAACCCGAUGACCCCUACAUGAUCCUCAAGUUGCUGUUUGCCGGAGGCAUGUCGGGCAUCGCCUCGUGGAUCUCCACCUACCCCGUGGACGUCAUAAAGUCCCGGCUCCAGGCAGACGGCGUGGGCGGCCACAACAAGUACAAUGGCAUCGCUGACUGUGUGCGUCAGAGCCUGAAACGGGAGGGCUGGCGGGUGUUCACGCACGGCCUCACCUCCACGCUGCUCCGGGCGUUCCCCGUCAACGCCACAACCUUCGCCACCGUGACUCUGUUCCUCAUGUACAUGCGAGACGAUGAGGGCGCCGUCAAAGACUGCGAGCCCCAGCCUGCCCACUCCUCGCUCACUGUGAGCCCACAGCAGGCCCAGCCCUCAAGCUUGUGAAUGGGAGAAGAUGGUGUUUCUGCUCUGGUGACCCUUAUUGGGUUGGAAGUGGGCCCACAAUGCACCAGCUAAUAAGCUGAUGUGACUUGACCACUCAACGUCAGCUUCACGAAGGCUAUUUUUACAAGAUGUAUGUUCAGAUGGUAAACCGCGCUUGUAAAUACUUGUCCCGUUUUGACCUCUGGUUUUGUACAGAGCACCCUUUUUUAUAUAAUUGUUUAGUCUUUUUGAGAACUAAUUGGUAAAUCGUGGGGGGGAAAACUAGCAGUGAAAAAGCACAAAAAUGGCUGACCUAGUCAUCCCUUAUACAUGUAUAUGUGUGCACAGCUGAGUAUUUAUGCAUGUCUGAAGGGCUUGUGGUAAUGACUGGAGUGGAAUCUGUGUAGAAUAGUAUCAAACACAUGGUUUCCA